GAUGAGGCCAGGCCAGGGAAGGGCCCAGACAAGCGUAGACUCCCAACCCAACCCAACGCACACAAGCAAGAAUGCAUGACACGCGCACGCACCGCCACACCCAUCUUCCCUCGCACCUUCCCUCCCUUUCGCCCCCGCCCACCUCGAUCUUCUCCUCUUUAAGAACAGCUAGCUCACUCCCUGCCCUGCCCUGCCCUGCCCCCUCGACACCAGCCACCUCGUCUCGUCUUCACACUCUCACGUACGGCCUCGCCUCAGCUUCCUCUCCGGCUAGCUGCUCAUUUGGGAUCGAACAACGAUGGUCAAGAAGCUCGCGCUCGCCUCCCUCUUCUUCAACACCAGCGAGACAAGGCAGUGCCUUUCCUCUUCCACCUCCAUGUCCGCCACCUCCUUCAGCACGGCCGCGUCGUGGCAGUGGCCAUCUUGCACGCAGGCAAAGACGCUCUCCUUCCGGCGCGGCAGCCCGGAGAUCGUGUCCAUGCGCCAGGACAGCAACAAGCACGAGGGGGAGGAGUACAAGACGACCAUGAACCCGGCCUACGCCGCCGGCUGUUACUUCGACGACAGCCUCUCCGACUCCUCCGCGACCCUCUCCACGGCGCCGGAGCUGGUGAAACCAGCCGUCGCGGACGAGGACGAGCUCAUCAUCCACGGCCUCCGGUCCAACAGCAGGCUCUUCUUCGAGCCCGAGUCCACGAGCUCCAUCGUGAAGAAGCAACGGGGGGCGGCGGCGUUCGACGGGGCCACGGCGCUGGCCAUCGAGUCCGCCGACCCGUACGGCGACUUCCGGCGGUCCAUGGAGGAGAUGGUGCUGAGCCACGGCGUCAACGACUGGGGCUGGUUGGAGGAGAUGCUGGGCUGGUACCUCAGGGCCAACGGCAAGAAGACGCACGGCCUCAUCGUGGGCGCCUUCGUGGACCUGCUGGUGGCGCUCGCCUCCUCGUCGGCUCCCUCCCCUGCCUGCUCCUCCAGCUUCAGACUGCAGAGUCAUCAUCUUCAUCAUCAGCCUGCCAAGGAAAGGCAAACAGCUGAGUGACGAGUGCUAGCUCUGGGCGAAUUCAAUGCGUGUAUGCAACUGAUUUGGUUUGUGCCAUGACAACACUAAAUGUAUGGUGCUUGUUAAUUGAUUGGAUAUCAGUGUUGCGAGUUUGAUUGAUCCUGCGUGGUAGUGCAGAUGUACGUAGCUGUUGACUACUGCUGUAUGAUUAUUGUGUAUAGGGAAUUGCUAGCGGUUGAGAGCUAGAGAGCUUAGUUAGUUUCAGCUGUGGCCAUGCAUCCCUGUCGAUGUGUAUGUACAUACAAUCUGAGAAUCUGUGAUCGUGAUCAUAUCAUG